AUGAGAUCUGGCUAUGACGAUUCUGCCAGACAUCAGAACCUAAUACAGCAGAGGUACGAUGAUUAUCAUGAUCAGUACUCAGAUAUGCCUCCUCGCUACGAAAAUCCCACAUUUGAUGUUCGGGAUUCGUACCAAGGGCAAUUCCACAACGAACCUCAGUUCUAUAUGAGUCGUGGAAACAUGGGGUCAAUAGAUGGUAGCUUUCAUCCAAUUGCUCUGCCUCAGAUUGCAUAUGGAGAUGAACAGCCUUUCCUUCGAGGAUACACAUACGACCUGAGUCAAUAUGGGAUCUCUGAGCAGCAAUUCAUAGGAUUGUUGGACGCCAUCAAUGUCGCCAUAAUUCCCAAUCCAGAGAAUCAGAUCUUCCAAAAAGGAGCGAAUAUCGCGGGCUGGUUCCUACCUGGCGCCGCCUCGAUUGGCCUCACACUUGGACAAAUCGGUGUCGGACUCGGCACAUCUCUCGGCCACGCAUCUGCAGUUGCUCGGAUCCUAUCGACUGCUAAUCUGCAGCUCUUUCUUCCAAAGGGACUCGAGAUAUGUAUUGGAAAAACAGAAGAUGUCAACAACGAAGUCGGUCUUGCCCCGGGUUCUCAACAACCAAAAUCCUUCGCUAUAUCACCAGAGGAAAGACGAGCAUAUUUUGGCAGUCUCAUCGCACCUCUUUCACGAGUGCUACCUCCAUUACAGCAAAACGGUCGCAGCGACCCAAUAGCCAUGCUUGGCCGAGGCUUAGCCAGUCGCACAAAUCAAAAGAAAAUAGAGAAGGCAGAGAAGGAGAUGGCGAAAGGCAAGAAGACCAAGAAUGUAGACAGUCUAGAAGGAGGACUCAGAUGGCUUAUUGUGAGGCAAGCAUCUGCUGAUGCGCUGGUAUACUGGAGGAACUCUACAGCAAGCAGCGUUCCCCAAGAGCAAGUGCAGGCGAGAUCGGACAGUCAAAUAGGAUAUUAUGAUAGCAGGUCAAAUCAAGCGGGCUCCCGGGAUGUCAUCAGCCCUUCUGUUUGA